AUGAAUAUCUAACUAAAAUGGAUGUCAACUGCUUCAAACAGCAGGGAAUUGUAGAGAAAAUUGUUACUUUCACCUGAUAGGGUUUAGGGUUUAGUCAUGAACUUUUCUUACCUAUAUGAUCAAAUUGAAAGCUGUCAACGGUUGUAGUGUAGAGUGCUGAGCUCUUAGUUCCAACAAUUAUGGUUCACAAUCUCAAAUUAUCUCAAAAAUAAGAAGGCAAAGGUAAUUAGAACCCCUUGCUUUUUCUUUUAUUGGUGCAUAGGGAAUUCCAAUUUGGCUGGACUCUUUUGCUAGCUUUCCCCCAUCUUAUAACCCACCCUUCCAUUUCAUUUCAAGAUUCAAACCUAACACCUCUACGAAGAAGUCCCAAGUUCUAAAUGUGUGCAGCUUUUAGUUUAAUGAGACAAGUGAUAGUUUCUCCCCUAAGUUCCAGCAAGUAAGAAUCUGUUUCGAACUAUCAUGGAAGUUAUGCCGCUUGUGGUCCAAGAAUCCUCGUGGUUAUCAUCUGAAUUCCAGCCAGAAACAGGACAUUCAUCAAAAAGGAAAGAAGGGCUGAGUUUUCUGCUCUUUAUACACUUGUAAAGCACUGGUACGAAGAGAGUCAUUCUACCUUUUGUCAAAUGGAAGAUUAACCAUCCACCCAUAAAGAUUAUGCUUAUUACGAAUGCAUCACUGGAGGAGCCACCUAUGUUUGUUCCAUUACAUCAUUUUGUUGACCUUAAUGAGCAAGAAGUCAAACAAAUUGACUCUGAUGCAUCUCCACCAGAACGAGUUCAAGAGGCAAUAAAUUGCCUUCCUAUAACCUUAGAGAAGUCACUAGAUGAUUUAAAACCCAGCUACUUCCGACGCUGGACAAUAGCAGAUUAUUCAAGAGCCUACUGUUGUGGAGAAAUAACUCCACUAAGGGUUGCAGAGCAGUUUAUAGAUGCCGUGCAUGAAUCUUCCAGACCUCCUUUGUCAAUGUCCUUCUUCAUUAACUAUGAUGCUGAAGACAUCCUAAGGCAAGCUACAGAGUCAACUCUUCGGUAUGAAAGAGGGUAUCCUAUAUCAGCUCUAGAUGGAGUUCCAAUUGCUGUCAAGGAUGAAAUAGAUUGUUCUCCAUAUCCAACUACAGGAGGAACAAAGUGGCUGCACAAGGUUAGACCUUGCACAGGUGAUGCAUGCUGUAUUACGCGCCUCAGAUCCUGUGGUGCUAUAAUUGUUGGGAAGACUAAUAUGCAUGAGCUUGGAGUUGGAACAACUGGGAUAAAUCCCCACUAUGGGACUGCUAGAAAUCCCUAUGAUCCCAACAAAAUCACUGGUGGCUCUUCUAGUGGAUCUGCUGCAGUAGUAUCUGCAGGAUUAUGCGCUGCUGCCCUUGGUGUGGAUGGAGGAGGAUCUGUGAGGAUGCCUGCAUCUCUUUCUGGUGUUGUCGGGUUCAAACCGACUUUUGGAUGCAUACCUCAUUCAGGUGUUCUUCCUCUGAACUGGACAGUGGGGAUGGUCGGAGUACUAGCAGGCACCUUAGAGGAUGCAUUUAUUGUUUAUGCUGCUAUUAGUGGCCAACUUCCAUCACAUGAGCCAACCACUUUACCUCCCAGAGUAUAUUUUCCGCUGCUGAACUCAACAAAUCCAAUAUCAAACGUCAAGAUUGCAAAAUAUGGAGAGUGGUUCGAUGAUUGCAGUGAAGAAGUCAGAAUAUGCUGCUCCAAUGCUCUGCACUUGCUUUGUGAGCAUUACAAGUGGAUGAUUGUAGAGGUUACUAUACCAGAGAUAGAAGUGAUGCGCCAGGCACAUUACGUGACACUUGCUUCUGAAUGCAGCGCUUCACUGAGUCCUCUUCUGGAAAAGCUGGACUUUGCAGAAUUAGGAUGGGAUGCAAGAGUAGUUCUGAGUAUAUAUGGUUGUUUCAACAGCAAAGAGUACAUAAAGGCCCAGAAAAUGAGGAACCGCCAUAUGCAGUUUCAUAACAAUAUAUUUGCCAGGGCAGAUGUCAUAGUGACUCCAACUACAGGUGUGACUGCAUGCACGAUACUUGAUGAUGCUCAAAAGACUGGUGAGCUUGACUAUAUAACUGGAGCUUCCAUAAUUCGAUAUCAGAUAGCAGGAAACUUUUUGGGACUACCUGCUGUGACUGUUCCUGUUGGUUAUGACAAAGCGGGUUUGCCAAUUGGCCUUCAAUUUAUAGGGAAGCCAUGGUCAGAACCCACUUUAAUGCACAUAGCAUAUGCAAUGCAGGCCUUAUGCAUCUCAAAGUGUAGAAAACCAAAGGUUUUCUAUAAUCUAAUUGAAAAGAAUUGAGCAGAGCAGGCCGGGAGCCACCAGAAUUCUUCAGAGGGUAAUAAGACACCAAGAUUAUUGUGUUCAGCAUAGCUUAUCUUGAUGAAAUAAGUAUUGUUUACUUAUUUAGGAGUUGCCAUUUUUGAGAUGGAUAAGUAAAAAAUGGUUAGCAGCUGAAAGUGUCUGACAGGUUCAUAUCAAUAAACAGACCCACAGAUUCUGCCGCCUCUGUCAAAACUGGUAAUUGGUUCAAUUAAAUUGCUUGUUUUAUGCAUAUAACUGGAUCCAAUUCUUCUGUUAAAAGUAGGUGAUACAGAAUAGUGAAGGUGGAAUUGGGGUAGCCAGGGUUCAUGUCCAAUUUGCUCAUGCCUCUUGAAUUAAUAAUAAUAUUAUAAUAAUAAGAUGCAAUGACGGGAAAGAUAUCUCAUUCAAUUGUUGACCAACCAGAAAAUAUAGUUGUAUGCAGCAGUGUUAAUG